AAGGGCGCUUGGAGACGUUACCAAGGAAGUAGACGAGCGAUUUCUUCCGGAUUCAAGACUAAAGGAAAGCUUUUCCACGUGUGGCAAAUAAAUGGUGAAGAAAUGAUUAAAGAAAACCAAUGAAAAGGAUGAUAAAAGCAAAAAGGACAAUGACAAGAUCGUCAGAUUGCUUUUGAUUGACAGUUUAAUUUAAUUUAAUUCAGAAGAACAUGGCAGUCGGUAGGUUGACUAAAGAGAAGAAGAAAAUAAGGGUGAAGGAAGAAGAAGAAGAAAACACAGAUGCUAUAAAGUGUCAUGAUGUUUCCGUCCAGACUGCUAUCAAACAGGAGCCGCUCAAUGUAAACGAGAAGAAGAAGAAAAAGAAGAAGAAAUUAAAAGAAGAGUUGGAUACAAACAAUCCUGCGGUGGAGAGUUGCGACGCAUCCGUUCAGACGACUGUAAAAACAGAACAAAUAGACACUAAUAAUACUGACGCUCCUGAAAAGACUAAGAGGAAGAAAAAGAAGAUAAAGGAGGAGGAACAGAUCCAAGAGGAAGAUCAUUUAGUGUCCAAGAAGAAGAAGAAGAAGAAAGUAAAAAAAGACGAGGGAGUGGAAGGUAUAAAAAAGAAGAAGAAAAGGGAGACUGAGGUGAAAGAAGAAGAAGACUUUGAUUUAGCAGUAGCUGUGGAGACUGUAAACAACAAAAAGAAGAAAAAGAAGAGAAAACUAGAGGAGGACAUCAAAAAACAAGAACUAAACGCAGAUGUGGAGGAUGGAGUGAUUAAGAAAAAGAAAAGGAAGAAAGAAGCAAAUGAAUGUGUAGAGGUUGAGCAAAAGGUGAAGAAAAAGAAGAAGAAAAAGUCUGUAGAAGAAGAAGAGCCGGAAAACAUCAGCUCUAAUGAAAAGCCUGAGAAAAAAAAGAAAAAGAAGAAGAAACUAGACAGAGAGAGUCUUCCUCAUGCCAAUGGAGAUAACUCAUCGGAUAAAAAGAUGAAGAAGAAGAAGAAGAAAAAUAAAGGCAAGACAGAGGCUGGUGAUGUUGAGGAGAAACCGGAGAGGACAGACAACAAUAACAAGAGCACAGGGAAAAAUACAAAUAAAAUUCUUAAAGCAGAUCCUGAGGAAUACUUCAGGAAAACCGCAAGCAGAGCGAAUGAUGUUGUGUUUCUUUCUGCCAAACCUGGCAACCAGGACGAGAUUUCUAUUGACCAGGCUCGUCGUCUCGCUCUUCAGAAGGAAAUAGACCAAGAGUCGCAACCUAAACCGGCUUUUGGCCAGUGGGGAACGGCAAACUUCGACAGCUCGGACAGACAAGCCAAGUUCCUGCGCUUGAUGGGAGGCUUUAAGAAGAGCACUCAGACAGGGGUCGAGUCCGCCGGCCGCCUCAACAUGGCCAUGGGCAAAGAAGGACAGCAGACGUUACAGCAAGGCCUUCUGGGAGAGUUUGAGCGCGCACAAAACCGCCACAUGGACUUCAGGAAUAAAGGAGCCGGGUUGGGCUUCAGUGCGCCAUCCAAUAAGAAGUUUGCGAUUGAUACUAAUGCACGAAACUCCAUACGAUUUGAUGACUGAAUAAUAAAUUAUUCACAAACCCAAAUUAUUUUUAAGGACUCAUUUAAAGGGAGAGUUCACCCAAAAAUACAAAUUCUGUCAUCAUUUGCUCGUCUUUAACUUGGUUCAAACCUUUAUGAGUGUCUUUCUUCUGUUGGACACAAAUGAAGAUAUUUUGAAGAAUGUUGGAAUCUGUAACCUUUGACUUCCAUUUGUUUUUCCUACUAUAGAAGUCAAUGGUUACAGGUUUUCAGCUUUCUUCAAAAUAGACAUAUGAUAAUAUUUUAAUAAGUCAAUAUAUUAUGAUAAUGAAUAUGAACAAUAUUAAUAUAAAAUACUGUGAAUAAGUAUUAAUUAUUUAAACUUUUAGAGUGUUUUGUAGGAAUAUUCAGAUUGUGCAGUGGUGUUCUUUACGCUUUGAGAUUAGGCGUUGGCCGGUGUAAGAUUCUGACAGUAUGAUAACCUUGGAUAAAAAUAUCACUGUUUUGUGAUUACUGCUCUAAAAUAUAUAUUUUUAACUGUCUGGGUAAAAAACAACCUUUUUCCUCUUUUUAAACACAAUAUAUUUUAUAUUAUGAAACAUUUAUAAUAUUUUGGAGCAGUAAACAUGUCAGGCUGGUUAAUUCAAAUGAAUGUUUGACUUCUGCUGUCUUCAUUAGUUUCACAAACAGAUAUUUUUUUACAAUUAAAAACGGCAUCUUUAGAUAUAUUUUCUGCUGGCGCUACUGUUGUCCUAAAAAAAAAAAAAAGUCAAUAAAAAAAUCGUGCACAUACCAUAGGAACGGUUCUGCAAAAAAUUUUGAUUGCUUUAAAACCUUGACUUUUCCAAACCGCAGUAUACCUUGAAAACAGUUAUCAUCCCAUGCCUAUUGGAGAUUUAAUUGGUUAAUUAGCUUAAUAGUUUAAACAUGAAUAUAUCCGCAUGUUAAUCUGGCCUAAUACAAGCUGACAUUGAUUUAAACUUUGGUAACUGAUUGGUCGGUGCCAAUAACCUAGUGUUUAAGUGUGCCAACAUCUAAGUUCCACUCUUGUCUUGAGGUCCUUUGCCGACCCUUCCCCUUUUUCUGCUCCCAAUACUUUGCUGUCUGUAACCUCCACUGUCCUAUCCAAUUUAAAGGUGAAAAACCCUGAAAAAACAGUUAUAUAAAAUUCUGUGACCGUUUAUAGGGCUGUUGUAGAUUAACACCAUAAUCCGGCUCCAAUAGUAAACAAGUAAGUUGAACUAAACUGAUGGAAACUAUAAAAACUUUAUUAAUAUUAGCUGAUGUUAAGGCCGACAGCGGCUCAGUGGUUAGCACUGUCGCCUCACAGCAAGACGGUUGCUGGUUCGAGUCCCAGCUAGGCUAGUUGGCAUUUCUGUGUGGAGUUUGCAUGUUCUGCCCGUGUUGCUGUGGGUUUCCUCUGGGUGCUCCAGUUUUCCCCACAGUCCAAACACAUGCGCUAUAGGGGAACUGGAUAAACUAAAUUGGCUGUAGUGUGUGUGAAUGUGUAUGGAUGUUUCCCAGUACUGGGUUGCAGCUGGAAGGGCAUCUGCGUAAAACAGAUGCUGGAUAUGUUGGUGGUUCAUUCUACUGUGGCAAAUAAAGUAAAUAAGCUAAAAGAAAAUGAAUGAAUGAGCUGAUUUUAAUGCUUUAUAACGCAUUAAAAUCAAAGUUGUAAUCUGAUUACAAGUUGUAAACACUUUAUUAAAUGCAGUUAAUAACUAAACUAAUACAUUUCAGUUGAUUUUAAUCCAUUAUCUAAUAUUAACUACUGAGAGUUUAUCAUGAAGUGUUACCUGUGGUGCUUUAUAAUGCUUUUACAAUUGAAACAUUUGUUUACUCUGAACAUACAUCAAUACACUAAAUAUUGUUGGGUUAUUAUACAUGCUAUAGUAACCCAUUUUUUUGUAUUUAAGGUCAAUAUUGUGAUAGUACUGUAUAUCAUGAUAAAAGCUAAAAAUAAUGACGCCAUCAAGAGCCUGUAUUAAAAUGUCUUCUUUUGUGUUUUCAGCAGAAGAAAGAAAGGUUUAUAACCACUUCAGAGAGAGUAAAUGGCACAGUUAGAUUUUUGGGUGAACUAUCCCUUUUAGGGCACAUCUGUUAAGCGCCAAAAAGGCAACAAAAGUUGACAAAAAAAGUAGAUUUUAAGGAGAUCAGUUUCUUUUUAAUGCUUAAAUGGGUUUUUGAAAUACUGGUGUAUAUUUUUGAGGAAUCUGAAUCAGUAUCAUUUUUUGGGGUUUUGUUUUCCUCAGGGAUGUUGUACAGAAAAUGUCUGAAAUGUUUCAAUUAUUCAUGAAUUUUCCAAAUGAAACAAAAGAGGAGGCUACGAAACUGAACAGGCUGAAUAAAGACACUGAAUUAAGAGUC